AUGCCAUCCAAAAAAGAGAUCAGAGAGAGUAAAGGUAAUACAGUGUGACAUCAUUGGUCAUGUGACUUCCUUUGACUAAACUGUCUUUAUCAUCAUAUUUUAGAGACUCAAGCAUACGAAAAGUUUUGCGAAGAACGGAAUCGCCUUCGAGAACUCGGCGAAGAUUCUGAAGCCGAGCGUUCAAAUAAGACUUGCUGCUGUGUUCAUGGAGGACUUUGUGAAGUAAGUUUAUCUCUGCAUAAUUGAUACUAGAUACAGGUAGCUAAACAGAAGAGAUCUUCCACUUAUGAGAAACAACUGAACGAGAAGAGAGAGCCAGAGAAAGAGAGAUCCAGACCAAUAAAGGCCAAGAAAUCAUCAUCUUCCGGGUAUAUGAAAGCAAAGGACGUCAUUGCGUCGAAUUACCGUAACUCGUAUCGGGAGAAAUCGACUGAAAAAGUAGGUCAGAGCACUGUAGGGUUUAAAUUGGCUUAGAAAAAGAACACGUAUGCUCCAUCACAUCGUGCAUCAUCCAGAGUUCGAAAGGAAUCUGAGAAAAGUGAGGACAAAGUGCAUGGCCUUGGCUAUGCCUAUCAGAAGAAAGGAAGUCUCGAGGAUUCCUGCCAGAUUUCGGACUCCAAAAGUCUGCCAGCGAAAUCCCCAGCUACUCUGGCAUUGACUAGGUGAUUUUUUUUUUUAAAUUCUAAUUUCACUACUUCAGAAAGGCUGGAAGUCUCCGUCCACGAGUCGAGAAAUACACUCUGGAGAAGCGUUUAGAUCCCCUUCUCGAUUAUUACAUUGGAGAUGCGGAUAAGGCGGAUGCCGAGAAAGGAUGUCCUAAUCCGGGAUCCUUCAGGAUCUAUCAUUGUUGCCCUUCCGAAGUCCUGAAUAACUAUGAUGGUCUCUUGGCGGGCAUCCCUCUCUUCAUGGUUUAUCAUGGAUCGGAUGGAGUGUUCAGGUGAGGAGAAUAACAACGAAGCAUUGUUUAGACAUUGGCCAAUUCUGACUCGGAAAAGGACAAACAACAGACGUCAGCUGUAUGUUGGAAUCUCCUUCACUGAUCGGAUUUAUUUCGAUACUUUGGCCGGGCUUGUCUAUUUCUACGCCCGAUGUGUUUCUCUUUUUAAGGAUGACGAUUCCAAAAUCCCGGAUCUCUUCCCUAUUUGGUUGGAUCACGGAGAAGACGCUGUCACCGUUAAAUGGGAAAUCAACUCAGACAGCUGUUAG